AUGUCGCGGGGGCCGGAGGAGGUGAACCGGCUCACGGAGAGCACCUACCGGGUAAGCUGGCCCGGGGCGGCCCAGGACCCUGGGAGUGCCGGGGUUCGGGGUUCGAGGGCGGGAGUCCUGGGGACAGUGGGGGCGCUGGGGUUCGAGGCCGGGAAGGGGGGAGGCCCCGCCGGCGGCCGGCAGUUCUCACCGGGGGAGACGGUCGGGAUUUUUCACUUUCGGGCGCUGGAGCCGCCCAACAGAUUACACAUUUCACAAGGAAACGUCUGUGGGGAGAGUUGGGGGCGGGGGCGUCUUGUGUCGCCCCUGGGGCGCGUCCUCUUCCCCAGCUUCUCCUUGGGGUCGGUGACCGCGCCGGCGUGGCUGCGGCGAUUAAGCUCUCGGAGAGCAAAGAGCCAAGCUCGAGUUUCCUCUGAGAAUAAUGUUAUGGAACAGUUCAAUCCUGGGCUACGAAAUUUAAUAAACCUAGGAAAAAAUUACGAAAAAGCUGUUAAUGCUAUGAUUCUGGCGGGAAAAGCCUACUACGAUGGAGUGGCCAAGAUCGGUGAGAUUGCCAGCGGGUCCCCUGUGUCGACAGAGCUGGGCCACGUUCUCAUAGAGAUUUCGAGUAUCCAUAAGAAACUCAACCAGAGCCUUGAUGAAAAUUUCAGAAAAUUCCAUAAGGAGAUUAUCCAUGAGCUGGAGAAGAAGACAGAGCUUGAUGUAAAAUAUAUGAACGCGACUCUCAAAAGAUACCAAGCAGAACACAGGAAUAAAUUAGAUUCUUUGGAGAAAUCUCAAGCUGAAUUGAAGAAGAUCAGAAGGAAAAGUCAAGGAGGACGAAAUGCACUCAAAUAUGAACACAAGGAGAUUGAGUAUGUAGAAACCAUCACUUCUCGCCAGAAUGAAAUCCAGAAAUUUAUUGCAGAUGGUUGCAAAGAAGCUCUACUUGAAGAGAAAAGGCGCUUCUGCUUCCUAGUUGACAAACACUGCAGCUUCGCAAAUCACAUUCAUCAGUAUCACUUACAGUCUGCAGAAUUGAUCAAUUCCAAAUUGCCUAAGUGGCAAGAAACAUGUGGUGAUGCCACCAAAGUACCAGAGAAAAUCAUGAAUAUGAUCGAAGAAAUUAAGACCCCAAUCUCCACCCCAAUGUCUGGAACGCCUCUGCCUUCACCCAUGAUCGAGAGAAGCAGCAUGGUUGGGCGAGGUUAUGACACCCUUUCUAAAUAUUCACCGAAGAUCCCCUCGGCUCCUUCAGGCAGAGCGUCAACCAGCCCUUUGAUUGAUAUGUUUAACAACCCAGCCACAGUCGCACAGAAUUCAGCAAGAAAAAAUAAUUCAACAGGUUCUUUAGAUGACCCCAGUUUACAGCGAUCGGUUUCUGUUGCCACCGGACUGAACAGGGUAAAAAAGCAGAAAGUGAAAACCAUCUUUCCGCACACGGCCGGCGCUAACCAGACCUUACUUAGCUUCGCGCAGGGAGAUGUCAUCACGCUGCUCGUCUCCGAGGAGAAGGACGGCUGGCUGUACGGAGAGCACGAGGCCACCAAAGUGAGGGGUUGGUUCCCGUCGUCAUACACAAAGUUGCUGGAGGAAAACGAGGAGGAGACCAUGAGCAUGCCCGGGCCAAGCUCGGUAUCCGUACGGAGCGUGAGCACAAUGAACUUGUCUGAGAAAAGCAGCGUCGUCAUUCCCCCACCGGAUUACUUAGAACGCUCAUCCACGGGGGCGGCUGCAGAAAAGAAAGGAGCUGUUUCCCAAAACGCUUCUACCUUUAAAGCACCAGUGUCCAAACCAGAAACCACGUCUCCUAAUGAUGCAAAUGGGUUUGCAAAGCCUCCUUUUCUCAGCAGAGAAAAUCCCUUUGCUACUGUGAAACUCCGACCAACGGUGACAAACGAUCGCUCAGCACCAGUCAUUCGAUGA